UGAAUCACCGGCACUUUACUACCAACUACUUCGAGAGUUCGCAACAAGAGAGAAGCAAACAAACAACAUGUGUCCAGAAACGGAGUGCGGAAUCUGCUACCGAACUUACAACCUCGGUCGGCGGUGUCCUCGACAGCUGUGCUGCAAACACACGUUUUGUGAGAGCUGCCUGGUGACGCUCGGGCGGUCCGUGGAGAGCCCUGAACCCCGGAUAAUGUGUCCGCUGUGCCGUCACUCGACUCCGCUGUCGAAGGCGAGAAUCCAAGAGAACCUACCGAUAGACGAAGACAUUUUUGAGCGGCUAGUAACCGCGGGCAGCGUGGAGGAAUGUGCGGACGACGAUGAAGACACCGAGAAGCCAGACCGGGACGUGGUCAUCCUACCAAAAGAGGACGUUCCGCCGCCGCCAAGAUCGCGAAAAGGACACCUGAUGAAAUGCUUAAGUCGCCUGUGUAAAAAAGUCACCGGGGAUGAGCGGAGAAAUUGUGUGACUGAUGAAGACUUGAGGGACCUGGCAAUGAUGUCCUGCUACAUGAUGUGAAAGACAACAUUUCAAGUUGUUGUCAUUCAGACACUCCUAAGGCCAACAGAUGCAACCACACACGAUUUAAGGGAACAGAUGUAAUCAUUUAAGAAUCAUCUAUUGAAAAACACUGGUUUACUGCUAAUCUGAACAUUUGGGUGGAUGUGUCCCCUUCAAUGUCUGUGGGUGUCACUGCCCUGCCUCGAGGUUAUGGAUGGCACUCCGCAGUGGGAUCCUACGGAUGGCAUGAUGUGUUUGUGUGCUGAAGCGGUCAAAUGUCACAGUGUCUGUUCAGUGAAGGAGGACUGUUUGCUGUUGGGUGUGGCUUGUCACCAUAACAGACGUUUAGGAUUGUUAGCAACCUAUAAA